AUGGAGGCAGACUUUCUGUUCCAAGCAGACUUCGACUGUGAGCCGGAAGGGCUUCCGGUGAGCCCUUCCAAGACGACGCCAGUCCAUCCCGGGAAGGAGAAGACCCAGGCUUUGGGGUCUCUGGUGCGGCAAUGUGAACCAGAGGAGCCGCCAGAGGAGGAGAAACCGGAGAAGCACUUCGGGGACUUUUCUAUGCAGCUUUUCGAAGCCUGGCGCCUCAUCAUCCGGCCACCGCGGCGGAGGUACCCGACGAAAUCCUUGGGCCCAACAUCUUUGCAGGUGAUCUUGCCUGGCUACAAUGAGUCGCGCCGCCUAAGCCAGCCUCUAGAGCGUCAUGACAUUGAACUCCUGAACAAGCAGGGCUUGAGGCUGCGCUGUAGCCACUUUCGGCCAAGCGCAUGCCAUGGACGAGUGCCUUGUGUGAUCUUCUGCCAUGGAAGCAGCUCCUGCCGGGUCGAUGCCUUCCAAGUUAUGCCAUGGCUCUUCGAGUACGGGCUCACUGUCUUCGCUUUCGACUUCGCGGGGUCUGGGCAGUCAGACGGCGAGUACGUAACCUUGGGCUACCACGAGGAGGAUGACCUCCGUGUCGUCAUCGACUACCUCGUCAGCACGGGCCAGGUUUCCAGCAUCGGGUUGUGGGGAAAGUCUAUGGGGGCUGUGGCUUCCCUCCUGCGCACUGCAAGGGAUCGCAGAGUGGACGCGUGCGUGCUGGACUCCCCUUUUGCAGACUUCCUAAGCGUCGUCCACGACUAUUGCAACGAGACGUCUGCAUUGCAGUGGGUCCCCGGCACGCUGGUGGACUUCUUCCUGGCACGGGUCAGUCAGGCGGUGGAGGAGCGCGUGGGCCUUGACCCGCGUCGCAUGCAGCCUAUAGAGGUGGCGCCACAGUGCCACUGUCCCGCAUUCUUCAUCGCGGGCGACAGCGACCGCGUGGUGCGGCCACAGCAGGUUCGAUCCCUUCACCAGGCCUGGGGUGGCGAGAGCCAGUUCGUACUCUUCACGGGCGGCCACAACACCGACCGGCCGCCGGCUGUGCUGGAACAAGCUGCCCGCUUCAUGUGGGAUUCCCUGCAGCACGCGGCCGCAGCUGAUGCCCUCGUCUGCGGGGCCGUCGAUGCCUUCCUGGACAAGCCUCGGCUAAGUGAGUUCGGGAUGAGCCUCCCGGGGCAGGAAGAGGACAUGCUGGCUGCAGCAAUCGAACAAUACGUGGAGCAACGGCAGUGCUUAGAUCGGGCCAUUGACCACUUCCUCCUUGGAGGUGGUGCGCCCCCCAGCACGACGCCGGCUUGGCGGCAUUUGACGCAAAGCCACAUCGUGCAGGCCAUGCCUGUGACUUCCAAGAUGGGCAAGCCGGCUGUUUCCGGAGAUGGCGACAGUGAGCUUUUCUCUGUUUGCGGCGGCGCGGAUGUGGGUGAGCUGCAGCUCCCAUUCCCCACAGCCGAGGGGGUGAAAGACAAGAAGCGGAAGAAGGACAAGAAGGAGAAGAAGUCAAGUCGGAAGACUGAGAUGGCCGAUCCCUGGAGCGCUGACAGUGGCCCAGGACCGGUGGCGGCAGAGGAGCCAGAGGAGGGCCAGAAGAUCGAAGCACUCAAGGCCAUGGGCUUUGAAGAAGCGCGGAUCCGACAGGUCCUGGAUGCCGUGGGCGGCAGUGUGGAGAAAGCUGUGCCCGUGCUUUUGGCAGAUGAGCCCUCAGCUUAA